AUGAUUCCAAUGUUUAAUGGCUUAUUCAAAUAUGAUCGGUGUGAUAAAUGUUUUGAUAAAGCUGCUUUUGUUAGUAAAACUGGAAAACCUACGAAAACAUGUAAUGAAUGUCGGCAAAAAAUUUUAAAAACUUACCAUGCCAUGAAGUCUAAUGAUAAUCCACUUUAUAAUUUGAACCCUAUUGAACCCAAUGAAAUGAAAAAAAAAUUAUUGGAAUCCAUUCUUGAAUCUCAUGAACUUGGAAAGACAAUUGCCGAAAUAGUAGGAUCUGCUGAUGGGUAUUAUUACAUUUAUCAUAUGGUUUAUAAAUCGGAAAAAAAUCCUCAUCAGUAUACAUUUUGGUAUAAUUGCUCCCAAAGUUGUACUUUAGCCAAACGUCCUCGAAAACAUAAAGAUCUUGAUAAGCAACGUGAUAGAGAAUAUAUUGAAUAA